CUUUGUAGUUGGGAAGGUGGUAGUACAGUUGAGUGACUGUCAAUAAAAAUAUUCUGAAAUUCUCUGUGAGUAGGUGUUUUCCAAAUAAAGGAAGGCGGUGUUUAAUGCAGAAAGCAGACGUGUACCCUGAGGGGUGAUGGGAUGCCGGUGUGAACAAGAAGGUGGGGUCCGGGUCCGGGUCCGCCCUGUGGGGCGGGGAGUUCGCCCACCGGCCGGGAUGGAUGGCAGGGCUUUAAAACCAUCUCUCGGCGGCGGCGGGCCGCUCACUGUAGGACGGUGAGGCAUGGAGCUGAGGUGUCAGGUGGCUUUCGGCUUCGUGCUCCUGGCCGCGUUGUGUGCGGCACAGCCGGUGAAGUUUAAAGACUGCGGAUCUACAUCCGGAAAAAUUUUAAUAGUGGAUAUCACACCUUGCCCCUCGCUGCCGUGUAUACUCCGCAAAGGACAAUCUUAUGCUGUGAACGUGACUUUUGCUAGCAAAACAUCGAGUCAAAAAACUGUGGCUGCGGUUUAUGGCAUUAUGAAUGGCAUUGCAAUCCCAUUUAAUAUUCCUAAUGCUGAUGGUUGUCAAUCUGGGAUUCAGUGUCCCAUUCAGAAUAAUCAGAACUACCACUACCUCAACUACUUACCAAUAAAAAAGGAAUACCCAUCAAUUAAAUUGAUGGUUGAAUGGGAGCUGAAGGAUGAGCUUGAUCGAGACCUCUUUUGCUGCAGGAUCCCUGUACAGAUUUCCAAUUAAAUUAGGUUCUGUAUUCCUUACUGCUACAACAGUAUCCAUGUCCUUUUAUCCAUGUAACCAAGAAGUUUCUAUCACCUAUUUAUUUAAGGACUAAGCCAAAUUAAUGCAAAUAACAUUUACUUAAAUUUGUAAGUUUUGAACAUGCAUUUCUAAACAAUGAUUUGUCCCACUAUUGCCUUUUGUAAACAAUUGAAUGGAUCAAUAAAUGAGGACGUUCUACAAGUCUGUGGUGGCCAGUGCGAUCAUGUUUGCUGUUGUGUGCUGGGGCAGCAGGCUGAGGGUAGCAGACACCACCAGAAUCAACAAACUCAUUUGUAAGGCCAGUGAUGUUGUGGGGAUGGAACUGGACUCUCUGACGAUGGUGUCUGAAAAGAGGAUGCUGUCCAAGUUGCAUGCCAUCUUGGACAAUGUCUCCCAUCCACUACAUAAUGUACUGGUUGGGCACAGGAGUACAUUCAGCCAGAGACUCAUUCCACCGAGAUGCAGCACAGAGCGUCAUAGGAAGUCAUUCCUGCCUGUGGCCAUCAAACUUUACAACUUCUCCCUUGGAGGAUCAGAUACCCUGAGCCAAUAGGCUGGUCCUGGAUUUAUUUCCUGGCAUAAUUCACAUAUUACUAUUUAAUUAUUUAUGGUUUUAUUACUAUUUAAUUAUUUUCGGUGCAACUGUAAUGAAAACCAAUUUCCCCCAGGAUCAAUAAAGUAUGAUUAUGACUACUAUGACUAUGAAUUGCAGA